CGUAAAGUUGGACCGCAGAGGCUGAAUCCUCGGCAGGUAAACACGCAGUUUGGACAGCACGGUUGAUGGCGGUGUCUCACCUUGCAGCCCGGCGCCAGAAAAGCAAGAGGAGGUGAGGACGAAUGCCUGCUCGCAUGGACGCGCUCUCAUUUUAAAGAUCUACCUCUAAAACACCAAUGGAUCCAUUAGAAAUCCUUUGAAGACCCACUUUCCUUAAAAGCAGAGAAAGCGGAUGCAGGAAGAGCGUAAACCCACGACUAUGGUCAUUUAUAGCCACGAAAGAGACCACAAAUGAAGAACAGAUAUCUAUUUUUACUUUGACACACUUUUUCGGAAGCUUUUUGUAUUUACCAGCCUGAUGACAGACGCACCCUCAGCUCCUCAGAUAAUGCUGGACCAGGCUUGUGUGCUGGACGAAGCAGACUGUGGGGAAGACGUGGAUUUGCCUACGGAUGACCAUCUCAUGAACUUGAAGGCCUUGACUGAGAAGUUAAGACUGGAGACCAGGAGGCCGUCUUAUUUGGAGUGGAAAGCCCGACUCGAGGCGGAAAGCUUCAGGGAGACAGGAAGUGGAAAAGGCUCGAUGAAAUUUGAGCCUGAAGGAAAAGUCGUGGCACCCAAAGAGGCUGUGGUGAAAUCUGAUGUGUUUCAGUGCAAGCUGCCAUCAGGUGCUCUGAAGGGGUUCGGAAACAUCGACGAAGCUCUCAGCUGGCUGAGGAGAGAACUGACGGACAUGCGCUUGCAGGACCAGCAGCUGGCGAGGCAGCUCAUGCGUCUCCGGAGCGACAUCAACAAGCUGAAGAUCGAGCAGACGUGCCACCUGCAUCGCCGGAUGCUCAACGACGCCACCUUUGGCCUCGAGGAGCGGGACGAGCUGGCGGACCUGCUGUGCGAGUGUCCGGUGACCCCGGGGCUCGGCCUCUCGGCCCCGCUGAGGCUCAUCGGCGUCACCAAGAUGAACAUUAAUUCUCGCCGUUUCUCGCUCUGCUAG